AUGGAUUUUUCAGCUGGCGACCCCAAAUUAGUUGAACAAAUCAUGAAGGAAUUGAAGUCACAAGGAAUUUUCGACCAAUUUCGAAAACGGUGCAUUUCAGAUGUGGUUGAAAAACCAGCUUACCAAAAUUUGAAACAGAGUGUAGAAGGAAGUGCCCUUAGUUUUCUCAAAGGACAAACGUGGAAUCCAAAACUGAACAAGAACGAAGUCAGAGAAAAACUACGAAAUCAUAUUCAUGAGAGUGAUUUUGUAGAAGCAGGAAUUGAAAGGAUUGUUGAUCAAGUAGUAAGUGCGAAAAUGAAUAGCAUAUUUCUACCUAAAGUUGAUGAUGUUAUGUAUAAAUUUUUGGGUAUCGAUAGACCUAAAGCAGGAACAUCAUCAUUAGAGGAAAAUGCUGAUCAAGCUUCAUUUUCCAAUAAUGAUAAAGAUUUAUUACAAGAUGGUGUGAAAGAUUUACCUAAAUAUCUGGAAGCUAUUUCCCUUGAAUCACCAGAAGAAAAAAGUAUUAUGAAGAAAGAAAUCGAUAGGACCAAAAAGAAAAUCUCAAAAUCAGAAGUGAAACGGGAAAUAAUUGUGAUACAGGAAAAUUCAAAUGAUUCACAAUCUUCCAUUUUAUCAGGUAUAUCCAGUAUCGAUUCCAAAAAAAAUUCACGAGAAUCGCUUACAUCUCUCAAUAGCAGUUCAGAAACUAAAAUUUCAUGUUCAGAAAAUAAAAUCAAGAUCGAUUCAGAAGGCACCAGUUCAUCCCAAAGAUCAUCUGAUUCAAAUUCUACUGAAGAAAUUCCAAAAAAGAGUUCUGAAGAAGGAAAAUCUAAACACAGACAUAAAAAAAGGCAAAAACAUGAUUCUAAAUCUAAAACCAAAAGUGAAGAAGAUACAUCAAAAGCUGAAAAAUCUGAAAGGGAUGGAAAAAUCGACGAUAUAAGAAAGUAUAAAAUUCCAAAAAUUUCAGAUAGAAAUAAGGAUAAGGAGGAUAAAAAUAAACUAGAAAAGGUGAAGAGUGAAAAGAAUAAAAGGUCAGAUAAAGGUAAAAAAUAUGAUGAAGAUAAAAAAUCAAACCAUUCUUCAGAAACAUAUACUAAAGGAGAAACAACCAAAAAAAGUGAAAAAGAUCACAGCUCUUCCAGUUCAAGAAAGAAUUUGAAAAGGAAAAGACGAAAAUAA